UCAGUGAGAGGAAGCGCUCUCUGUGCUUAGGGCUGUGUUACGUGCUGAAAAUAGUAAGUAAAGACUCUGCGUGUAUAUUAAAAAAUAAAGGGGAAAUUUUUCAGUUUUUGUCUGACAGCCACGGGGAGACUUAUGCCAGGAUGCGGCAUUGUUGCUGACCACCUCCACAGCAGCUGUCAGUCUGUGCGGACUUUGACGGGGACAGCGGACAAGGACAAAAUGCCACUACGGGAAUCAGUAACUGUGUGUUGUCUCGGACUAGGGGAAAAACCAAUGAUCGACCUUUAAAUGUCCACUUUUUGGAGCUACCGGACCAAACAUCUGGAUUUUUUCUCUUUUAUUUUCUUUUUCUUUACAGAAAAAUUCUAACAGUUUUCCAUCCUGACGAACGGUGACUCACUGCAGGCAGAAGGCGAGCCGCUGCAUCCUAAUCAGAGCGCGGAUAGGACUUCAGCUCAUUGACAUUACAGUCAUACUUUGGAGCACUUUUAUUUAUUUAUUUUUUAUUUCCACUGCGCUGCACUGUAGCUGCCUGUGCGUCGGAGACUUGCUUUUUCUUUUCUUUUUUUUUCUUUUUCCUACACUGAAAAGGAGGAUACGGGUGGUACCAAGUGAAGUGGUUAGGGAAUAAAACUCUCCCUGAACCCCGCUGGAAUUGACUGUUUUCCUAUUUUACUGUUACAUUUUUUUCCACAACAAAUGGAGUCGUUUGUGUUGGUGGUAUGAGUGAACACUUACUGUGGCUGUUCUGUUUGGAGGCUGGAUCGCGAUUAUUGUUCAGAUGAGUCUGGGUGCUCAGCUGAAUAUAAAUUAGGUGUUCAGCACCACAGAUUGCUUGCAGAGGAAGAGAGCGGCAAAGCAAAGACAAUCUACAAAGACAAAUGUCAAGGCCUCACAUGAUGAACAGAACUCUUUAUUUGAUUUGGAAUAAUAAAAGCAUCAAAUUCUGAACUAAAUUUCAACAGGUCAUAGAGAGCGUUAGCGCUUCACAGAAUUAAGCUGCUUUCAUUAAGUGGAGAUGCAUCUUUCUAUUUUCUUUUUCCUCCUCUUGUGGGCUCAAGCCCUGACUUUGAAAAACUUGAAUUACUCUGUCCCAGAGGAGCAGGGCCCAGGGACGGUGAUUGGGAACAUUGCCAAAGAUGCCAGGCUUGGACUCGAACAGACUGGGCAGGGAGGACAGGGUAAGAAAGCCAACUUCAGGGUGUUGGAGAACUCAGCCCCUCAUCUCAUUGACGUGGACCCCCAAAGCGGACUGCUGUACACAAAGCAGCGCAUUGACAGAGAAACAUUGUGUAAGAGAAACCCCAAGUGCCAGCUUUCCAUGGAGGUGUUUGCCAAUGACAAGGAGAUAUGUAUGAUAAAAAUAGAUAUUCAGGACAUUAAUGACAACUCACCUGUUUUCCCCUCAGAUCAGAUUGAUAUUGACAUUUCUGAAAAUGCAGUGCCAGGGACACGAUUUCCUUUGACCAGUGCACAUGACCCAGAUGCAGGGGAAAACGGCCUGAAAACCUAUCAGAUAACACGCGAUGAUUACAAUCUCUUUUCCUUAGAGGUAAAAUCUCGAGGGGACGGGACCAAAUUCCCAGAAUUAGUGAUUCAACGACCAUUGGACCGAGAAGAACGAAGCCAUCACACCCUCAUUUUGUCAGCCACUGAUGGUGGAGAAUAUCCUAGAUCAGGAACCAUGCAGAUAAAUGUAAAAGUUAUAGAUUCCAAUGAUAACAGCCCAGUGUUUGAUCAGCCCUCAUAUGUUGUGGAAAUUCCUGAAAAUUCCCCUCCUGGUAAAGUCUUGAUUGAUUUAAAUGCCACUGAUCCUGAUGAGGGAAACAAUGGUCAGGUAGUCUAUUCUUUUAGUGGUUAUGCCCCAGAGAGAAUACGGGAGCUCUUCUCCAUAGAUUCCAGAACAGGGGUCAUAAAGAUUCAAGGUGAAAUUGACUAUGAAGAGAGUCCAGUUAUUGAGAUUGACAUCCAGGCGAAGGAUCUAGGUCCCAAUCCAAUCCCUGGCCAUUGUAAAGUCACUGUUAAAGUGCUUGACAGGAAUGAUAACUGGCCAUCUAUAGGCUUUGUAUCAGUGAGGCAGGGAGCCAUCAGUGAAGCAGCACCCCCAGGCACUGUCAUUGCUCUGGUACGUGUCACAGACAAGGACUCAGGCAGGAAUGGGCAGCUUCAAUGCAGAGUUCUAGGAAAUGUCCCUUUUAAACUUGAGGAGAACUAUGAUAACUUCUACACAGUGGUGACGGACAGGCCCCUGGACAGGGAGGUGCAGGAUGAGUACAAUGUCACCAUCGUGGCCAAAGACAAUGGCAUUCCUCCUCUAAACUCCACAAAAUCUUUUACAGUCAAGAUUCUGGAUGAAAAUGACAAUGUCCCUCACUUCACCAAGUCAGUCUACCUCCUUCAGAUCCCUGAGAACAACAUCCCUGGAGAGUAUCUAGGUUCAGUUUUGGCACAUGACCCAGACCUUGGUCAGAAUGGCACAGUAUACUACAGUAUAAUCAACUCCAAUGUAAGUGGGGGUGAUGUCAACACUUACGUUAAUGUAAAUGCAGCUAAUGGCGCCAUCUAUGCUGUGAGGUCUUUCAACUAUGAACAAAUUAAAUACUUUGACUUCAAGGUUCUUGCUAAAGAUGCAGGAUCUCCACACCUAGAAAGCAAUGCUACAGUACGCAUUAGUGUUCUGGAUGUCAAUGACAACAUUCCUGUCAUCGUUUUGCCGCUUCUCCAAAAUGACACGGCUGAAAUUCACGUUCCACGAAACGUCGGUGUUGGCUACAUUGUUACUACAGUGAGAGCAGUGGAUAAUGAUUAUGGCGAAAGUGGGCGGCUCACUUAUGAGAUCUCAGAUGGCAACGAGGAGCACCUCUUUGAUAUUGAUCCAGUGACUGGAGAGGUGCGAACAGCCCACCCAUUCUGGGAUGAUGUAAGCCCCAUGGUGGAGCUGAUCAUUCGAGUGUCAGACCAUGGCAAGCCAACUCUAACUGCCGCCGCCAGACUCAUCAUCAAGGCUUCCAAUGGACGUCCUCCUGAUGGGUUGCCACGCAUGAAAGACAAUCAGAACUGGGACAUGUCUCUGCCUCUCAUUGUAACUCUAAGCAUCAUAUCUAUCAUGCUUCUGGCUGCCAUGGUGACUAUAGCAAUCAAAUGCAAGCGGGAAAACAAGGAAAUCCGUACUUACAAUUGUCGCAUUGCAGAGUACUCGCACCCUCAGCUGGGAAAAGGCAAGAAGAAGAAGAUUAACAAGAACGACAUCAUGCUGGUGCAGAGCGAGGUGGAGGAGCGGGAUGCCAUGAAUGUGAUGAAUGUGGUAAGCAGCCCUUCCUUGGCCACCUCUCCCAUGUACUUUGACUACCAGACACGCCUGCCACUCAGCUCACCAAGGUCAGAGGUCAUGUACCUUAAGCCCACUGCCAAUAACCUCAGCGUGCCCCAAGGCCACGUGGGAUGCCACACCAGCUUCACAGGCCCAGUCACCAGCACUACAGACACACCUACUAACCGCAUGUCCAUCAUACAGACGGACAAUUUCCCCACUGAGCCUAAUUAUAUGGGUAGCAGACAACAGUUUGUUCAAAGUAGUUCAACAUUUAAAGACCCGGAGCGAGCAAGCCUCAGAGACAGUGGUCAUGGCGACAGCGACCAGGCUGACAGUGACCAGGACACCAACAAAGGCUCCUGCUGUGAUAUGUCUGCAAAAGAAGCCCUCAAGUUAAAGGCUGCAGGUGUGAAACCGCCACCACUGGAGCAAGAUGAGGAUUGUGUGAAUUGUACAGAGGAGUGCAGAGUACUGGGUCAUUCUGACCGCUGCUGGAUGCCUCAGUUCCCUGCUGGUGGAAACCAGGCGGAGGGCAUUGACUACCGCAACAACAUGUUCGUGCCAGCUGGAAUGGAGACUGUUCCCGAGACAGAGACCUAUGAAACUGUAAACCCCAAUGGCAAGAAAACAUUCUGCACUUUUGGCAAAGAGAGGCGAGAUCACACCAUCCUGGUUGCCAAUGUCAAGCCCUACCUGAAAGCAAAACGUGCCCUCAGCCCACUUCUCCAAGAGGUACCCUCAGCGUCCAGCAGUCCUACCAAGGGCUGCUCCACUAUGUCCCCCUGCUCCUCAGUGAAAAGCCCAGCAGAUGGGGCUGAGGGCAAACCUCCCCCUGCCUCCUGCUCUAAUCACUACGGGCCUCCUGAUGGUCAGUACUUGUCCCCAACCAAACAAACCAGAGACCAAGGGGGUUACCCAUCCUUGCCCCCCUCAGACCCAGUGGCCAAGGUGCUUGCAGAGGCUCGCUCCAGGAUCAGUCAGGAGGCAGCAGGUGAAAUGGAGUGUGUCUUGGAGCAGGUGGAGCCAGACGCAACCCGCGAUGGAAUGGACGCUGACCAGGUGGUGAGGGACAUCGACAAACUAUUGCAGGACUGCAGAGGAAAUGAGGCUACUGGCACACUCAGGAAGUGACACAAAGGACUGCAGCAGAAAGAAGUAGGAAGGUAGAGAGAGGAGUAGGAUGCUAUUCCAAAAACUCUUGUGCCAAAACUGUCACCAAAACAAAUUGAAAAGGUUAAAUGGCUCUAAUGACUGGGGCUCUUUUCACUGUAUUUGUUGUAGAAAAGUACCAACACUGGACAAAACAUGUAUCAUGUCAGUCAUGUAGCACCACUUCUGGUGCUGUAAGACCCCUACCAACAAAAAUGAACUGACAUCUGAUUACUUCUGAAUUUAUAGUUUUUGUUUUGAAUUCUUAAGCAAAUUGCAGAGGUUUCUGCCUCUGGCACCUCGCAAGCUCUUAUCUAAGUGCCCACCAGCUCAUACGUGUGUUGUUCAUGGUCUCUCGUGAAAUCCUACAUAUCUAAAUGUGUGUAGGUGGAUUUCUGUUAUGUGUGAUGGACAUUGAAACUAAAUGGAAAAGGACUACUUGUGGUCAGACACGACAAUCGAUGCAGAAACAGUGAAAAACGCUUAUCUAUUGGGACAGUGAAAGGCCAAAAUACACAAUGCAACCGUAUCUUUUUCUGAAUUUACUGUACUGGCAGGCAGAGUGACGGACCAGACCUGUACCAGAACGUUUGUAAUGGAACUAGAGUUGGAGCUGCUUCUGCUCUCCACUGGAGGAGGAUUAUUAACAGUGUAACCAUGUUUCACCUGUCAUUUGUAGCUACAUGUGUAAGCUGUGUCUGUCUCACACCUCUAUUUAAAUGUUCAUGUUGCUGAGCAGUGUAGUUGCACGCACCGACUACACAUGUGCUCUACACUUUGCAGAUACAUAUGCUGACAUACUCAUAUGCACUGAUUGCCCACCACACACACACACACACACACACACACACACACACACACACACACACACACACACACACACAAGAAUGCUUACCCACAAUUAUCCAUCUAUGGAAUUGUCUUAUACAUGUAUACCAUCAGCUUUUAGUCCCUUGUGUACAGUGAAUUAUCAUGUGUGUGACUAUGCCUUAAGGCAACCACAAUGUGUAUAAAAAGGGACAUUUUUCCUCAGCUGUGAAAAGAUGAUAUCUAUAUAAUUAUAUAGAUGACUGUAUGUAUGAAUCCAUGUAUAGUGUCCAAAUAUUAACAGAAUAUUUAUACAUUUUCUAAAAAAAAAAGAAAAGAAAUGAGGAAUCUCAAGAAAAAAGGUGUCCUGGAGUUAAGGUCAAGUGUGGGGUAUUAACUCAAAGAACUGCAAAGGACACUGCCAUUGUUUCAAAAACAAAUAUCCAGAAAUAUGAAUAAACAAGAAAAUGUCCCUUCACAUUAUCACUAUACAUAAUAUCAUUAUAUGUGUAUAUGUAUCCAAUCUAGAUGUGUUUACAUAAAAAAAACGGACAUAUUUUUUAUUGAUUUUACUGCAAUUUCUGUGCAUUUGAGCCAAAUUGUUAUGUGUACAAAAGCUAUAUUGUGUAUUUUAUUAAAUUAAUAUAUUGUUGUGUUGCAAUAUACAUGGGCUUGUAUUUGGCAAAAGUUGCCUUAGUAGCUGUCGAACUCUGUGAGUUUGCUUUAGUUUGGGGUUUUUUUUUUUUUGUUUUUGUUUUUUUUUUUUUUUUUUGUUUUUUUUUUUGGUGUUUCCCUUUUUUCAUCUCUAAUUCUGCAUCUUUGCAGGCUGGCUUCAGUGCUUUUGAGAUGUCGCCUCUUUUUACCCUGAGAUCCAGCUGGAUCAAAUACAAUAACUGUUAAAAGCUUAAUGAGCCAGCUGAUCUAGAAUACAAUUCAAAACAACAACAAAAGCAACAACCACAAGGAAACAGUUUAAAUAUUUGAAUAUUUUUUACUGGGCAAAUUUUUAAUGGGGCAGCUAAUUUUUCUUUUACAACUAAUCUGAGAUUUUUUUUUCUUUUUUUUUUACAUUAUAUUUUUACUUCCUUUCCAAAAAAAUGAACCCAGAAAAAAAAGAAACCUGCCAUAUGGAAAGUGGAGUGGUUUCCUUGGUGAUCAUAAAACUGCCUUACUGUCUCUGCAGAGAGCUUGUUGUAUCUGUGGAGCUUUGUGACUGCUUAUAAAGCCCUGGUCCACCAGAAUGUGCAUUUUCUAUAAAGGACCAGAAGAGGUUCUUUUCAGCAGUCUGUGUUGUUUAUGUAUGUACUCCUCAAUACAUGUUUGAAUUCUCAUACUUUGCAGAGAAACUUGACAUCAAAAAUUCUAUCUGAAGUUAUUUUGGAUUUGAUGUCUUAGCUGUUUAGGUACUUGGUUUAUGUAACCAGGUGUCUUCACAUUCAGGCUUUCUUAAAAAAUGAUGAUACAGACAUUUAUUUUUUGAAAAUUUUGGCACAUUUCGGCCACUCUGAAAUAAUAGUAGGAGGUGCUUUUUCUAAUAAUCUCUGACAGUAAAAUAAGCAGAACAGUAGGCUACUAGAUUAGAAGUGUUUUGGAAAAUGUGACCACAAUCACCAAAUGUAUGUAACAUGCAGUCAUGAGAGGGAACAGUGACUUCUGUCCGUGGCUGCCGGACCUGGCUGAGCUGGAAUUUUAACAACGAAUAUGACAUAUUCUGUCUUGUAGACAUAUAACAUCUAAGUGUGCUUGCAUUUCCCUUUUUUUUCUUGUUUAGCUCUAUGUUUCUACAUUCUCCUGUCAGUCUUCCCUUUUGUAUCUUUUAAGCCUCAUGUUUUAUUUUUGUUAUUCAUUUGCUUACUUUUAUUCUACUUUAGCUGUUUGCUCUUUCGCCUCAGAGGGGCAAAGUAACAGCUGCCUUUUCUUCUCUCUUUCAUUUGCAAAGUAUUGGGUUUAAGCUUACUGUUGCUUUUUUUUCCAUGGAGAUGGCAGAAGCUGUUUUUAGAGAUGUCUUGGAGGUUUUGAGGAAGGAGGAAAAUAUUUAUAGUUUCUUUUAAAUUAAAUUUUUUUCCAGCAUAUCUCAAAUAUCUGGAUGAAUCAAGCAAACCUCACAUUCUCAUCAUAAAAACAGUACAAACGGUUAAAUAUGCUGCUCGAAGUGCGCAUUGCAGCUUUGAUCCUAACGGAAAUGCUGCUGCGCACACUCGCAAAAAACACCAAGGCAUUUCAGCAACUCACUGCCUUUCAUUUAAAUUCAUAACCCAUGAAAAUAAAGGCUGAAAGAGAGCGUAAAACACUACCAAGACAAAUGUGACUCUUCCACACUUGUCUUCAUGGUUUAUUUUCUUUUUAUUUCAUUUAUUCUUGCUACAACAGGCAAUUUCUGCACUGUUCUGUGUGCGUGUGCUUGAUUUCCUUUCAUGCCCUUAUUGUUUGACAAAACAAUUCCUUUCAUAUUCAAUUUCUGUUUCCUGUAGAUUUCAUUCCAACUCGCGUUAAACCUCAUGCUGAGUUCCUCUUUUUAAUUUUUAACAUUAAUUACCAGAAGGUCAACCCAGGAUUUAGUCAUUUCACUCCAAGCCUGGCUGCCGCAAAACGGUCACUGUCACAAUUCAAAGCGCUGUCCCCUCUUAUGGUACUCCCUGGGCUCGGCCACCGUUUGCGCACUCACAAGCUGAGCGUAAGGAAAUGAGCUGGGUCCAGUGGAUAGAAGGAAUUCUCUAAAGCCAUGGCCCCUUUCUCAGGCUAUUUGCUGUUUAAUAGAGCAGACGCUGCUGUUGAGGCCAACACAUAGUUUGGCCUCCAAAGUUUAGAGAUUGAGCGCAAUGUGAGGCCUCUCGUUAUUGUCUAAUUACACUCUGGCAUCAUACACUGUUGGCAGUGCAUUACUCAAGCCUAGAGUGGGAUAUUUUUGCCCACUUGAGACUGCUGGCUUUACCAAGUGAUUAGAAAAGGGCCUUGUUGAAUGUGACUAACCACCUCUGGUCUAUUACUCACACUGAUGCAAGUGCACACAGACUCAGUCACUGCUUCUCACACAAACACACACACAUAGAGAAACAAUAUGCCUUUUUGGGUUAGUUAAUGCAAGCACCCCGUGUUUGUCAGUGUUGUCCCCACACCCCCAGGCCCACACUGAUAGCAUAGGACUUCAUGCUACAAUGGGCAACUGGUGAAAAGACCAGAAACAUUCAUUUGUAUGGAUUAUUUCAACUGCUACUGUCUAAAGGCUGUGUUCAUUGUGAUCUAUCUGAAAAAAAAAAAUAAAAAGAUAAAAUAAAAAAGCAAUUACUAAUAA